AUGGCUACUGCUAGUGAAUUAGAACCACCUUCAUAUAAAGAGACCAUGUCUAAUCCUGAUGCCACCGAGUGGUAUAAGGCUAUGGAAGAUGAGUAUAACUCUUUAAUGUCAAAUAAAGUGUGGAAGUUGGUUGACAGGCCAAAGGAUUCCAAUAUUCUCAAACAAUUUUUGACAGAAACUUUACCUGAUGUAAAGGCAUCGCUGCCUUUCCUAGAUGUACGAGUGAAAGUGAAACCUAAUGGGUCCUUGUCUCGCUGUGUAUACCGCAAACUGACACACGCCGAUAGGUACCUGCACGCGUCGUCACACCACCAUCCUCGUCACUUACAGUCCGUUGUAACCUCAUUAAAGAACAGAGCUCAGGAUCUCUGUGACCCUGAACAUUUCGAGCAGGAGCUGGACCAUGUUCAGGAGGUACUUGCGAACAACGGAAAUCAAGUGAAUAAACAAACCAGGCAACCGACAAAAAGACGCAAACAUCCGGAAGUUAAACGACAACCGGCCUACAUGCCCUAUGCGAGAGGAGUGACAGAUAAGAUCGGCGGUCUAUUGAAGAAAUAUUCAAUAUCCACUGUCCUUACGCCGGGGGCAAAGGUUACCAAUAUAGUGGGCACACCGAAGGAUGUUUUGCCGUUACAAACACCAGGUGUCUAUAAGAUAAACUGCAGCUGCGGCAGUUCUUACAUAGGCCAGACUAAGCGGAAGAUAGCUGAAAGGGUCAAAGAAUAUAUCGCCGCUGUAAAAACCGACAAACAAAUAAAUCAGCCAUAG